GCGUUGCUGCUAGCCUGGACCGCCGGCUUCAGGCAUGGGGUCCGCCGGCCUAGCGCGGUUGCAUGGGCUCUUCGCGGCUUACAAACCCCCGGGGCUAAAAUGGAAGCACCUGCGGGAUAUCGUGGAGCUGCAGCUUCUGAAGGGUCUCAAUGCUGGGAAGCCUCCUGCCCCUGAACAACGUGUUCGCUUCCUGCUGGCCCCCGUGGAAGGAAGGGAAGAAAAGGAACUGACCCUCACGGCCACCAGUGUGCCCACCCUCACAGACCAUCUGCUGGUACGUGGACCAGCAUUCACCAGCCUGAAGAUUGGUGUGGGACACCGGCUAGAUGCCCAGGCGUCUGGGGUGCUUGUGCUCGGCGUGGGACAUGGACGCAGUCUCCUCACCGACAUGUACAACGCUCACCUCACCAAGGAUUACACAGUACGCGGCCUCCUGGGCAAAGCCACAGACGACUUCUGUGAGGACGGGCGGCUGGUGGAGAAGACAACGUACGAUCAUGUGACCAGAGAGAAGCUGGACCGAAUCCUGGCCCUGAUCCAAGGCUCCCAUCAGAAGGCCCUGGUGUUGUACUCCAACGUCGACCUGCAGACCCAGGAGGCCUAUGAGAUGGCUGUGACGGGCUUGAUCCGGCCCACGACCAAGUCUCCCAUGCUGAUCGCCGGCAUCCGGUGCCUCCACUUUGCGCCUCCAGAGUUCCUCCUAGAGGUGCAGUGCAUGCAUGAGACGCAGAAGCAGCUGCGAAGGUUGGUGCAUGAAAUCGGCCUGGAGCUGAAGACCACUGCUGUCUGCUCCCAAGUGCGGCGUACGCGUGAUGGCUUCUUCACCCUGGACGAUGCCCUCCUGAGGACCCAGUGGGACCUACACAGCAUCCAGGAUGCCAUCCAGGCUGCAGCCCCCCGGGUGGCGGCAGAGCUGCAGAAGAGCCUGAGGCCACGGCUGGGUACCCAGCAGCUCCCUGGUUCCGGCCAGCACCGGGACUCUGAGGGGCCAAGUUCUGCCUUGAAAGGUCAGGCAGGUGGGGCAGUGGGUGGAUAAAGGUAAGAGUUGCUAAGAGUUGUUCAUGAGCUGGAACUGAUAACUGAGCAAAGAGUGGGAGAAGCUUUUCUACUUGUGACAUAAAACGAGCUGUAAGAGAAAAGAUCAACAGAUUUGACCCAACGGAAAAGGAAAAAACUUCUGUGUGGAGGAAAACACGAUAAAUGAAUGACAGACUGAUAAAAAUAUUUGCAAUAUAUUUAAUGAACUAAUAUCCGUAAUAUAUAGUUCUUAUAAAAUAAGAAAAAGAUGACAUGAAUUGUGUGUGUGUAUGUAUAUAUAUACAUAAUGUAUAUAAAUAUAUGUGAAAAGAAAUCCAAAUGUCCAGUAAACCAGAAAUUAUGCUCAACCUCUCUAAUAAUGAAAGACAUACAGAUGAAAAUAAGACGAGUUUUCCUUGCCUUUCAAAAAAAGGAAUAAAAAGAUAUUAUAACAUCCAGCAUUGGUGAUAAUGUAAGUAAAUGGACAAUGUAUACAGUUGCUAAGAAUAUACAACUAAGUAAGCUUUUGGUAGUAUGUAUCGAAAUGUAAACUCCCGCCCUGUAACUCAGCAGUUAGAGUUUCAGGAAUCUAUCUUCUAGCGUAGGCUACAGAAAAUUACAGGUGCAUAGAUAUUCAUAGCUGACUAUAGUAGUUAUAAAUGGGAAGUGUGAUUACCAUCCAUCAGUAAGGGAAUGGUUAAAUAUAUGUGGCAGAUACAGGAUUAAAAGGCUCUGUUUUGAUACCAUCAAGAAAAUUUACCAAAAGAAAAAAUUUUAGCCUUUUUUUUCCAGCCGAUUUUAUUUCUCUAGGCUUUGGACGCCUUGGUCCCUUGUGUACUUUUUUUCCUGGCCUGGUUAUACCCUCUAGGCAUGUGGGUAUUUCCCGCUUGGAACACUCGUGCCAGAAGGAGCCAGUCGGCCUCUGACUAGGGCUCCGGUUUGGGCCCUGAGGGGAAGAAGCACUACCUGUCUGUUGUCUCUGCUGCCAACCUGGGAGGGGAGGCCCUGCCACCAUGGCUCACCCCAUGGCUCACCCCACACUCCCAGGCAGCCCGCAGCUCAGAGCAGCGCUGAGAAGGUGUGGCUCCGUGAGCCUCUGGCUGUGGGCCCUCGAAAGCUCAGCUCCCCCACACCCAUACCCACGUUCACUCAGACGGGGACAACCGAGACCUGCCUCUUCACCUCACGGGCACAUCUUUGGAAUGUGGGGGGAAACCAGAGUGUGUACCUGGAGAAAACCCACGCGGACAUGGGGAGAACAAGCAGACUACGCACAGUGGCCCUGGCCCGGAACUGAUUGUUUUUUUCCUCAUCAAUGAAACAACAUUGAGUGAAACAACACUAUUUGAGGAUCUGAUAUAUGUGUCCCUGGCAAGUUAAAAUAUGAUAUAAACUUACAAUUUUUGCUACUUUAAUAGUCAUAUUUGAAAGUUUAUCCAUAAAAACCACAGCAGAUUAAAGAUGCAACUAAUAUGGUAUAGAG